AUGAACGAUACCCUCCGCCUUUACUUGAGGAAGUAUGCCACAGUCUUUUUCGAUGACAUACUCGUUUACAACUCUGAUUUGGCUUCACAUGUCACACAUCUGGAGUCAGUGAUAGCUACCUUAUCGGAAAGGCAAUUUCUUCUCCGGCAAUCAAAGUGCCUAUUCGCACAAAACCAACUCAAUUAUUUAGGUCACAUCAUUUCGGCUAACGGUAUAGCCCCUGACCCUGACAAGAUCUCCGCCAUGCUUGCUUGGCCGAUACCAUCGUCACCGAUGGCCCUUCGCAACUUCCUGGGAUUAACAGGGUUCUACCGAAAAUUCAUCAAAGGGUACGUAGCCAUUGCCUCUCCUCUCACAUCCCUCAUUCGCAAGGACAAGUUCUACUAG